GACGCCGGCUGCAAUGAUGGGGCCGUUAAGAGUCAUGUCCGUGUUUUUGGAUUUAAUUUUAGUGUGUUUGGUGUUUUCUCCGUGCGGCGCUCGUGAUGUGGACUCCAGCUACGUGACGUGCGGAUCUCUGGUCAAACUGAUGAACACUCGGCACAGCGUCAGACUGCACUCGCAUGAUGUCAAAUACGGCUCAGGAAGCGGGCAGCAGUCAGUAACGGGUGUGGAUUCAGCUGAUGAUGCCAACAGCUACUGGCGUAUUCGUGGAAAGCCAGGCAGCAUUUGCCAGCGCGGGGCACCCAUUCGAUGCGGACAGGCCAUCCGAAUUACACACAUGACCACUGGACGCAACCUACAUUCCCAUCACUUCAGCUCGCCGCUGUCUAACCACCAGGAAGUGAGUGCGUUUGGGGAAAAUGGAGAAGGAGACGAUUUGGAUGUGUGGAACGUCCAGUGCAGUGCAACAUACUGGGACCGUGAGGACGCAGUGCGAUUUAAACACACCGGCACCGAGGUUUUCCUCAGCGUUACCGGUGAGCAGUACGGUCAUCCAAUCAGAGGCCAGCGUGAGGUCCAUGGAAUGCCUUCGCCCAAUCAGCAUAACUACUGGAAGGUGAUGGAGGGGGUUUUUAUUCAGCCCAGCAGUGACCCUAUUCACCACGAUGAGCUCUGAUGAUGCUGAUACAUCAUUAUUAUGAGCGACUGAGAACUGCGCAAAACUUCUCUAUAUACAUUUAUCGGUCCAAUUCUUAUAGAUGUGUUGCAGAUUUAUCACAUUUGCUUUGAAGACGUCACACGCAAUAUGUACAUCACAGACAAAUAGAUGAAUUGGUUUGUUUUACUGGAUUUCUUUUGAAUGGAAUUUUGUUAUUUGUACAUAAGGGAGUAAAAGGGCAAGGUUUCGGGCCACAAAAUCGACUUAUUUAUUUUAGAAUUAAAUAUUGAACUGGAACAAAUUACAUUAUUGACUUGCAAAAUCAUUUGAGCCACUGUGAAAUCCUGAAAUAUUUCUGGAUUCACUGUGGGGAAAAUGUAAAAUGGCUAUUUCUGUUUUUGGUAACACUUCACAGCAAGGUUCAGUUGGUUAAUGCAUUAAUUUAAUACAUUUAUUACAUGAUGUACUCAUUUUAAACUGAUAUGAAUGAUAUUGCUAAAUCCGAUACAUUGCAUUUAUGUUCAAAACAAAUACAUUAUUUGAUUGUAAUAAUAAGUAAACAUUAGAAUGAACAUGCGUUGAUGAAUGAACGCCUUAGUAGUUUUCAUUUCAUGUGCUUAACUAAUGUCAACAAAUUAAACCUUAUUGUAAAGGGUUACAACGUUUUUAUUUCCUAAUAUGACUGUGUUCUGUAGACUGUAAUUUUCAAUCCCUUUCAUACUGUAUGUGACCUGAUAUGUACAUAAAUUGAUAAAAGCGUGAAUAAAUUUUUUUGAAAUAUUUA